AUGUCCGCCCCUGACAGCAUCGUCAACGGAUGGGGUACUCUUCGUCAUCUCACUACUAGUGAUACACAUCUGUUCAAGUCCGGGAUCAAUUUUGCUAGCCUGACAAGCUUGGACCUGAAAACGAUUUCCAUUGGCACCAUUCUGCGUCUCAACGGACCUGGAUGUCUGGAGGGUGCCGAGAACCUUGAGGACCUAGCUUUGACUGUAUCGGUACAUUUUGCUGAUCGUCUCCUCAUCGAAAAGGCCGAAAUACAACUUGGUGAUCUUUUCGACGCACUCGGUUGCGUUCAGCUUCGAAGCCUCAAGAUACUACUUAUCAAUGACGGCUACCACAUUGGUGAUGACUUGAAUACGCAGCUUGAAGGAGGCUACUUCAUGGAUCAAUUGAAUAGCAUGAAAAGCACCUUAGAGACGCUUGCUAUCACGCUUGAAAUAACCGAUGAUGACUCAGAGCUCGAGUGGCUGCUCGAUAUGAUAACAAGUCCGAAGGAUUCACUUAAGCACUUCGACGUCUUGAGACAUCUCGUCCUUCCGCAAGCAUUCCUCUUUGCUGUCGGAUCCAUGCCUUGGGAGAGCAAAUCCUGCCGACCAAAGGAUUUGCCACCCAAGCUAGAGACACUAGAGAUCUAUUAUCCUAGCGAAGAAGUUGAGAAUUGGGUGGCAGGCUUCGUGUCGGCGGAUACUGACGACGCCAAGCCGCCUCCGGUUCUCAAAGAGAUCACCUUGACUUGUCGAGACGAAGUUGGUGCACCAGCCUCGUAUUUCUCCAGCGAAGUUGACAAGAUCUGGUGGGAGCUAGCAACGGACCUUGGAAUUGAUUCGUAUACGUACUGUCAGAUUCAAGAGCAUAGAUCUAACUUGGCAGAGUCAUGGUAUAAAGGAAGCCUAGACACAGCCGCUAGUGAAGAAGACCAGGAUGAAGAGGAGGAGGAGGAGUGGAACAAUGACACCGAUAGCGAUAAGCCUGAGGGUGACGACGAUAUGCCAGAUCUCACCCAUUUGGCGGACCAUAUCCCAGAAUCUAUUGAAACUGUGGACUAG